UCUAGUUGUCUGUUCACGCCGUUCACUGCACGAGGUGUUUCAGUCUUUCAGGAUUUGUUUUGUUCGUGAAUUUGAACAUCGAUGAAUCUCUCCUGAUACGUAAUUAAAAUUGCUAAGAUGACGGAGGAAGAAUACGAUAGUGAAAUGGAUUACUCCGACUCUGAUUGCGGAGACACAGGUUAUGAGGACUAUUAUAAUCUUCAGCCCUGGGGUAGCGAAGCUGACGCUGACGUUGAUCCGGAUCAGAGCCGAAAAGACCCCGAAUACGCUAUUCACGACUGCCUUCGAGUCGAAGAGGUCGACAGAUUACUAAACGAAAAUGUCGAGGUUUUAAGCAACAGUCUGCACAUCACACCGUCCUUGGCCAAAGUUCUUCUCCACGCACACGACUGGGCCUUGCAAGACAUUAUCACCAAGUAUCGCACCAAUGCUUCGGGACUCCUUGUCAGUUCAAAAAUUAAACCUCUCCAUCCAUCAGAUCCAUCAUCUGCCCUCAAAAUUCAAAGAGGAGGACUUUGCACUGUCUGUGUAUCUGUUUACACCCCGGAUAGGUUCGCUGUUCUCACCUGUGGCCACUCCUUCUGCAAAGACUGCUGGUGUAUGCAUUUUGAGGUGCAAAUCACUCAAGGGAUCUCCACUGGAAUAAGUUGCAUGGCACAGGAUUGCGAAGUUCUAGUACCGGAAGACUUUGUCCUUACGCUUUUGACUAAACCCAGCAUGCGGGAACGAUACCAACAGUUUGCUUUUCGAGAUUACGUAAAAUCGCAUCCAUAUUUAAGAUUCUGUCCCGGUCCGAAUUGUCAAAUUGUUAUGAAAUCCAAGGAACAUCGAGCGAAACGAGUAAAGUGUUCUUCUUGUAAGAGCAUUUUUUGCUUCCGAUGUGGAAUGGACUAUCACGCACCGACUGAUUGCGGGACAAUUCGGAAGUGGUUGACAAAGUGUGCUGAUGAUUCCGAAACAGCAAAUUACAUCAGUGCUCAUACCAAAGACUGUCCGAAAUGCCACAUUUGCAUCGAAAAAAAUGGUGGCUGCAAUCACAUGCAAUGUUACACUUGUAAACACGAAUUUUGCUGGAUGUGCCUUGGAGAUUGGAAAGCACAUGGGAGUGAAUAUUACGAGUGUUCACGGUACAAGGAAAACCCAAACAUCGCCCACGAAAGCGUUCAUGCGCAAGCAAGAGAAGCCUUAAAGAAGUAUCUUCAUUAUUACGAAAGGUAUGAGAAUCACAGCAAGUCCUUAAAGCUGGAACAGCAGACCUUAGAGACUAUUAAAACCAGGAUCAAUAAGAAAGUAAUGACUGCGAGUGGAACUUGGAUAGAUUGGCAACAUUUAUACGAAGCGGCUUCUCUUCUCGCACGUUGCCGUUACACUCUUCAGUACACAUAUCCCUAUGCUUAUUAUAUGGAGGCAGGUCCUCGAAAAGAAUUGUUUGAAUACCAACAAGCCCAGCUGGAAGCAGAAAUCGAGAACCUAUCCUGGAAGAUCGAGCGAGCAGAGACGACAGAUCGUGGGGACUUGGAAAACCAGAUGGACAUCGCAGAAAAACGUCGUGUAACUUUACUCAAGGACUUUUUAGAGGUCGACGCGCUAGACUGAAAACUUUCCCGAAUAAAGGAACUCCUGCGGCUGAAGUUCAUAAGAAUAAUUUAUGACUAAUGACUACUCAAGUUUUUCUGCAGGAUUCUAUCUACUUCUGUAUUACUAAGAAACUUUCAAAGGAACAUUUUCAUUUUUUAUUUCAAUUUUUUUUUUCGAAUUGCCUUGUCAGGGAACUUUCAGCAACUUUCGCCUUUUGAACGAUGAACUUACGCGCGGCUUUGCUUUCGAAUCGAACAUGUACUUUUGUUUUAAAGGACGAAUAGAUUCAUAAGUUUAGGGGUGAAUUUUAAAUCUAGAGAUUCCAUGCGAGGACAAGCAUUGCAGGUUGAAGGCUUCUCUUCAAUUUGGUCGAUUUAUGCUUGAUAUUGGCUCAAAUAUAUGUUGAAGGAUUAUUAAAAUUCUGAUGUUAUUGUUAGUAAUAAAAACGGAUUAAAUAAUUCUUCUAAAUUGAAAAAGGGCGUUUUUAAUUAUUGAACGGUGAAGUUUUUAAAUGUGAUCUUUUGACUCCUAAUUAGACUUAACGCUAUUAAGUUAAUUCUCGAAAACUAAACAAAUGUAUUAUAAUUAGAUUUUUUUAAUUGAUAUGUUUUGUCAUGCAUGCACUUGAUUUGCUUGAGGACAAAAUUAAAUUGUUGAGAGGGCCUUUAAGUAUUGUUAAUAUUAAGAAAAUCCAUUGAGAAAUGUGUGUGAGAUCUGAUGUUCUAUGCUGAUAUCAGCUUCGUGUAAAUAAUUGCACAAGUAUACAAUGUGUGUUGUCGUUUUCUAUGAGUGUAAAAUUUGUGCAACGAUCAAAGUCACCUAAAUUGUGCAUCUUAGAUUUUAAGCUAUCUCACUCCAUUUUCUAAGUAUUUAAGUAGAAAUGUUAGUAAUCAGUCUAAAUUCCCUGAGGAAGUCGGUCUGGAGAAAUUUAAUUAUGCCUUGGAAAGUGUAAAGCUCGACAAACAAUAAAAUGUAAUAGAUAGAAUAAAAUGUAAAGGAAUUUAAAA